AUGCAGACUGCUUCUACAAACAUUUGUGAAAAAAUGGGUCACUCUCAGGAGCUUAGUGAAUUCAAGUGUGGUACCGUGAUAGGUUGCCACCUGUGCAAUAAGUCCAUCCGUGAAAUUUCCUUGCUACUAAAUAUUCCACAGUCAACUGUUAGUGGUAUUGUAAUAAAGUGAAAGCAACUGGGAUCAACAACAACUCGGCCAUGACAGAGCGUGGUCAGCACAUGCUGAAGUAUACAGUGUGCAGAAGUCACCAAUUGUUUGCAGAGUCAAUAGCUGAAGACCUCCAAACCUCAUAUGGCCUUCAGAUUAGCACAACAACAGUGCGUAGAGAGCUACACGGAAUGG